AUGAUGCGAGACAUUUUACGAGAAGAUAUUGGAGGAGACGUCCGAACAGAUGCGUUGUCAAGACUCAAGCACAAUGGCGGCGGCGGCUUGGAAGUCACAAUGGAAGAACCGACGUGCGAAGACGAUGUAGAGUGGGGCCAAGUGUUCUCCACGGGGGACAGCGCUCGGGGCUUUGUCGAAGCCGAGGUGAUAUCCGCUAUCGAGUACGACCGGUCAGGAGACUUUUUAGCGACAGGAAACAAAGGCGGACGAGUGUCCAUUUAUUGUCGCAACGGGAACCCGGCAUCGAAUCACAACAUGUACGGCGGAACGACGGACCCGCAAUAUCAGCUGUACACUGAGUUCCAGAGCCACAAUGCCGAGUUUGACUACCUGAAAAGUCUGGAAAUCGAGGAAAAGAUCAACCAGAUCAAGUGGUGCCAACCGUCCAAUGGGUCGCAGCGGUUGCUAUCCACCAACGACAAGACCAUUAAACUAUGGAAAGUGCACGAGCGUAGCGUGUGUGAAAUCACGACGUACAAUGGACAGGGCCUUGCCUACGUACCACGAGCGCAAAUAUCCCCGGGGCUUAUUCGACUGCCACAGACCCAUGUUUGCGGAUACGUUACAGCAUCUACCGCUAAGCGGGUCUAUGCAAAUGCACACACGUACCACAUCAACUCAAUUGCCAUCAAUAGCGACGGAGAAACGUUCAUGUCCGCAGACGAUCUUCGCGUGAAUCUGUGGAGCCUGGGCAUUUCCGAUCAAAGUUUCAAUAUCGUAGACAUCAAGCCGACAAACAUGGAGGAACUUACUGAGGUUAUUACAGCUGCAGAUUUCCACCCGACACAAUGCAGCAUGAUGAUGUAUAGCACCAGUCGGGGUGCCAUCAAGUUGGGGGAUAUGCGGCAGGCAGCGUUGUGCGACUCGUACUCCCAAGUGUUCGAAGAGCCGGAAGACCCUGAAGCGCGGAGUUUUUUCUCAGAGAUUAUUGCGUCGAUUUCAGACGUCAAAUUCUCUCCCGACGGCCGCUAUAUUAUCGCACGUGAUUUCCUCACGCUGAAGGUCUGGGACAUCAACAUGAACUCGCGCCCAGUUCAAACGAUCAAUAUUCACGAGCACCUACGUCCACGGUUGGGCGAUCUAUACGAGAGCGACUGCAUCUUUGAUAAGUUCGAGUGCGCGGUCAGCGGGGACGGCAACAACUACAUCACGGGCUCGUAUAACAGCGAGUUUCAUAUUUAUGACCGCCGUGGACGCGCCAAUAUCUCGAUCACACCGCGCACCGCGCGAGUGAGUCGCCGUCACUCGAUGCCCCAGCGAGGCCUUGCGCAGCAGAUUGCUGCCUUGCCAGCUCCCGGUGAUCCCCACGCACUGGACUUUUCGAAGAAGAUCUUGCAGACUAGCUGGCACCCUUCAUUGAACGAACUCGCUGUAUCUAUUCGCAACAGCCUCUUCGUGUAUGCUGCCUAG